AUGGGCAAGUUGCGGUACGGGCAAGCUCCCAUGCAGUCCAAGGUCGAGUGCCGCCUCGUCAGCUGGCUGAAGCGGAUCACGGAAGAGGCCAUGGGACGUGUCGGCGAGGUGAUCUGCCGCACCUGGCAGACGGCGUCGAAGAUGAAGCUGCAGCGCGGCCCGCUGUCUGAGGAUGAAGGCAGCGGAAACGACAACACCCGCAUCAAGCGGUACAUCGCCAAGUACACCAUCAACCCUGCCCUGGCGCACGGCAUGUCGCACAUCAUCGGCAGCGUCGAGGUUGGCAAGCUGGCAGACCUCUGCCUGUGGCAGCCCGCCUUUUUCGGAUCCAAGCCUGAGAUGGUCAUUAAGGGCGGCACCAUCGCCUGGGCACAAAUGGGCGACCCCAACGCGUCCAUCCCGACGCCCCAACCAGUGAUCAUGCGGCCAAUGUUCGGAAGCUAUGGGCGCGCAGUAGGCUCUAGCAGCCUGAGCUUCGUCUCCAAGGCCGCCUCUGAGGAGGCCUCGGUGCAGCACUAUGGCCUGACGAAGUCGCUGGAGCCCGUGCGCGGCACGCGCAGCGUGCAGAAGAAGGACAUGGUCCUGAACGAUGCCAUGCCCCAGAUCAGUGUGGAUCCGGAGACCUUCGAAGUGCGCGCAGAUGGCGAGCUGCUCACGUGCCAGCCUGUGGACACCGUUCCCUUGGGGCGGAUGUACUUCCUCUUCUGCGUCACAGCACGGAUCGGUGUAGGCAGAGCCGUGACUUCACCCCUGGGCGUCCUGCAUGGAUGGAGGGAUGCUGGUCUUGCUGCUUACCUGCGAAACGGGGCACCCCUGGCAGAUUGGAGGGAGCUCCUCAAGAUCUAUGCCAGCGAGUGCACCAUUGCAGCGCGGAAGGUCUGGGGUCCGACCGUGGCCCGCAUCUACCAGGAUCUGGGACGACGGCUUCCCUUGCGGGCCUGCGGGCGAGAUGACCACAGAGAGGUGGUCGAGGGCCACCGCAUCUUCGGCUGCGCGGAGCUCCUGGAAAAAGCCAGCUUGGUUCUGUUCCUUCUGCUCCCGAAGGAUGUUGCGAGAACGCGACGGCUGUCGAAGCAGAAGAAGAAGAAAGCUCGGAUUUCCGAAGAAGGAUUCGAGCUUCGGUGGGCUGCCCAUGUGGACUACUUUCAGAAGAGCUGGGAGGCCUGUCGCCACCUCCAGCAGCGGCCUCUGGGCAUCGUCUUCGUUGAUGGCGAUUGCGAUCUCGAGGUGGCGCGAAUCGAGGAUCAUGUUCAGUCUUGCCUCCAGAUGAUGGAUGCAAGGCAGUCUGGAAGCACAAAGACCCCACGGUCGACUGGAAGUUGGGCAGUGCGAGCUGGCUCGACAUUUCGCGUGCGGCGGUGGAGCAAGCUACUUCGUCUCAAGUACCAGGCGUGCUGCCUUCGACGGCGGAGACUGCGGAAUGAGGACCAAGGUGCAGGGAACAGGGUGAACAAGGCUCCGCAGCUUUUGGACGGAGAGAGAGUGUUAGACAGCUUCCGGGAGCCGUUGCUUCACAUGGUCACCGUUGGGCUGGUUGACUCGAUCCCGGAGAUGCACGGGAGCGGAUGCUGUCGCUUUGUGAUCUGCGCGUGA